UCAGUGUGAUGGGAGCAAUACAGAUUAUAUUAUACUGAGCAGUUAUUUUGGAUUAAUAAAAUUUUAUUCCACAGGACAGUAAAUCUUCAAGUUUCUCUACGCAUUUGAAUACUUUUACUUUGAAAGCUGUGUGAUCUUAAUCCAGAGAACUUCAGCUAGUUUGACAGAGCUGCCUCUCCGGAGGAGGAGGGCAAUCCCUGCUUUUAUUUUUCUUUCCAGACGGCCUCAGUUGAGCACAAAAACAAACUUGAACCAGACGAGCUUUGGGUCAACACUGGCGCUUGUAUCUUCGUCUGAAGUGGAGCAUCUGAAGGCGUGUUACAGACGAGCAAAAACCUGUGGAGGUCAGCCAGAGACAGCAUGGGGGCCAAACAGAGCAGCGCGGUGUUUGACGGCAGAACUCGGGCUUAUUCCAGCUCCGAUCUCCCAUCUGGAAACUCCGGCGGAGGGGAGAGGUUCGGCUUUAGGUACACCAAUGGACCCGACGGGCCCCGGAUCCGGUACACGGGUGGAGGGCCGACCAGUUCCGGGAUCAGCAUACCGGCCGGCGGCAGGUCAGGGUCACACAAUCAGAGCCUGGAUGGCACAGAUGGAGACGACGAGGGCCAGCUGCCCCCUGAGGGCCACAGGCUGCUCUUAGGGUCCCUGCCGGCUCACCUGUCCCCCCGUCUGCUGGGAGGUUUUCACUGCCCUGUUUGCUCCAAGUUUAUGGCAUCGGAUGAAAUAGAGAAGCACCUGCUCAUGUGUUUCAGCAAAACGCGCCUCACAUACAACAAGGACAUCCUGUCCAGGGACUCUGGGGAAUGUACCAUCUGUUUAGAAGAGCUGGAGCAGGGAGACACCAUUGCCAGGCUGCCUUGCCUCUGUAUCUACCAUAAGGGGUGCAUAGACGAGUGGUUUGAGGUGAAUCGCUCAUGUCCGGAGCAUCCAGCCGACUAGGAGCUUCAGAAGUACAGUUUGAGUCUACAGUACAUCACUGUGGUCGACUGUGUGCCCUGACCUCAUCCCAACACUGUUCCAGCCGAGCUUCAACGCUCCUCAGGGAUUGUAAGACGUUAUUGUGUGCAGAAUUUUUCAUAUCGCCUCAUGGAACAGUGACAGACUUUGGAUAUGUUCCUCCAGAUUUCAUGGGAUGUUGUAACAACCACUGGUGGAGUCAUUUUGUCUCCAGAAAAUAUGUGAAUGUUCCUUAAUGCCAUCUGCUGGCCUGAAGUGGAUUCAUUACAACCUGGAAUCUGAACUGAACCGUGUGGCUGAGCAGGGUGUGGUUUUGUAGCAGAGGACUUGUGUGCCCAACAUGGUGGAAGCCUGACGCCUCUUUUCAGCAGAGACCAUUCAGAGACUUAAUCAGAAGGCUGAUGUUGUGCAAUAUAAAAAACAGCCAUACAGAAUAAAAAAUGUCAGCUUUAAGGGAUGAUUGCAGUGUUGAUGGUAGUCAGGAAAUAGAUCUUAAUUUCAAGGCAAAAUUGGCUAUCAAUAUUGUUUGUUAAACAAUCAUGUGUCCUAGACCAAAUAGUCUAACAGGACUUUGUUAAUCACGUGGCCGUUUAGAACCACAGUAAUGUGAUUGUGUAGUUUAGUGGUGGAAUUAAAGUAGGUUAAGACAUAUCUAAUGAUGAUUCAUGUUGUCUCUAAGGAGUGCCAUAAUAUGCUGCUAUGUCAUAGACUGGAAAGUUUUCCUAUAACCUUUGAACCUUUCUUGGUUGUUCUUUCUAUUUGUACUGUAAUGAACUGCACAACAAUAAAUGUUUUGUCUUUGUGCCUCUUUCCUGCAUAA